GCCUGCCGUGCUACCCAAAACCUCGCAAGAUCAGCUCGUGGUGGCCGCUGCCAUGGCGGCUCUUCUUCCGCUGCGAGCGAGGCUUUGCGCUCCAUGCUGCCGGCACAUCUCUGCCGGCAAGUUUGGCAAGCCGAUGCAUAUCGGUGCGAAGCCGCAAGCGCCUGCAAUACGCUCGCGGCCAGAGGUGAAGGUUGCAGGCUCGGGGAGAAUCGGCUCGCCUCUUCCCACUUUGGGCACCUCGCCGCAUCUACGAGCCCUGCAGCGGCUCUCAGACAUGGUCCCUGGCUUUCGUGGCCUGGACAUGAUGUCCUCCUACCGCGAUCGCCAGGCGCGCUUGCGGGCUCGUGCUGAUCAGCAGCAUCAGUCGGACAUCUUCAACGAAGCCAAGCGGUUUAUGAUGGAGCCGGAGAUGUGGACCUUUGGAAGCAUGCUGGCGUAUCAGCGCAAGCUCAUGGACUUGCUUGGCGCCCACUCCUUUCGGCGGCGUUUUGCCACGGAUGAUCCCAGCUUGGCCUACCUGGAGAAGGCGCUGCGCGUCUUGGAGGCCAUGACCCCUGUGGAGCUGGCGUCCAACCACAAGAGAGUCUUCACUCCACAGGCCAUUGAGCUCAUUGGGGAGAAGUCCAACACCAGCGCGCGGUUUGUCAAGCAGGUCAUUCUGGAGCAUGACAUCCUUCGCGGUGAUAGACGCUGGUACCAGAUCCUCGCGCAGUUUGACCGCCCCCAGCCACAGUCCUUCGAAGAUCGCUCCUUCAUGGCAGAGUACGAUCGACCAUUCUCGGAAACUGAGAUUGAGAUGCGCCAGGAGAUGAUGGACAAGCAGGAAAGAAUCCACAAGGACAAGAAAGUGAGGUUGAGCUGGAUUUGGUACCGUCAUCGGAGCUGUGGCGGCAAUCGCUGGUCUACACGCCCCCCACGGUGGUACCCCGCGCAGUGGAAGACCAGGACAGCCCGGAGAUCGCGCCUGGCCGGGGUCGGCGUGCCAGGUGGCGGAGGAGAUCGCGGCAAGCCUUGGGGCCGUUUGGCUGGCUGGGUCAACCGGUAGCGCAGAAAAAGGAGCUGCCGAGAUUUGGGCCCGCGCGCGCGUUGCCAAGUGGGUCUGUCUCAACCUGGGAAGUUUUUUUUUUUGGAUGGC